AUGUCUUCCAACGUUUCCUCCGCCGGCAUUACCACCGACGCCACGACCGGCGAGCGCUACAUCCCUUCUUCAGUGCGAGCAGAUGGCUCCAAACGUCGGGAAAUCCGCGUCCGACCCGGCUAUAAACCCCCAGAAGAUGUCGAGCUCUACAGGAACCGCGCAGCCGCAGCGUGGAAAAACCGUGGAAAAGGUGGGGUGCCGGGUGCGGAAACCAUGAGCAGUGAAGACGACAAGGCUGCACAGGCCGCCAGCACGGCCGCUAGCAACAAAAACGCCAAGCGCAGGGAAGCCAGACGCAAGGCGAAGGAGACCGAUGGCUCUGAAGCUACCACCGAGAAGAAGGGAGCCGACUCGGAUAAUUGGCGCGUGCCAGCUGCCAAGAAAGAAGAGGCGCCCGCACAAGACCCCGUUGAUAUCGAAGCCGAGAAAGAGAAGAAAGCUCGCAAUCUCAAGAAGAAGCUUCGCCAGGCUCGAGACCUGCGUGACAAGAAGAAUGAGGGUGAACUCCUUCUGCCCGAGCAGCUAGAGAAGCUCAUCAAGAUCCCUGAGCUGAUCCGUCAACUCGACGCACUCGGGUUUGACUCCAACGGCGACAAGAAGGAGAAUGCUUGCCCAGGAAAGGCCUGA